AUGGUUGCUGAUGGCCUAUUUGACAAGCUGACAAGAAGUCCUACUCGAGGUGCUCAACACAAAUUGGCUAUAGUCAGUUCAGAUUGCUGUCUCGACCGGCACUUUCGACUCCCCAGGUUGCCUUGGCGACGUGCGCUUGAUUGUUGUCCAACGGAACCUUGUGCCGACUACCCAGCCCCACGGUGGACUGCCUGUUUCCGCUGUUGUGCGAAAACAAGGGCGGGUAGCGUCAACCUACCGGCUAUAGCUAUGACUGUUUUUCUCUCAUCACCACCAUCACCAUCGCAAUUGGGCCCCAAAACAACGACACCACCGAUAAGUAAAAUCCGCAUUCGCAACUCAGACUACCUGACAGACAAAGGUCUGCGUGUGAGUGUACGGGUGUGGGUGGCCGGGUGCGUUGGACACUUGGGACGGGCGAGACUGUUGCUGACUUGUAGGGUCUGGGAGGAGACUGGAGACAGGGUUGAGUUGAGUAAGAAGAGGGCUAAACUUAACGCAUUUUAUGCAUGCAUACUGGACAGUCGACCCGUUAUCUUGUACGCCCAAUCCCUUCCCCAUGUCGACCCUCCCGUCCCUGUUGACUCCUCUCCUGCCUCAGUCCCUUUGCAGACUCGACCAACCUCGCCACCAAUGUGCCAGGGGCCGAGAGCGAGCAAUGAACGAAAGGACCAGUGCAUUUUUCAAUCUCCAGCCGACGAUUUCCGUUUCCGGUCUGCAACCAUGCGCCAUUCAUUUUUGUAUGUCCUCUUCCCUGCCCCUAAAUUUCUGUUUCUACUGUGCUCUCUUCGUCCCUCCUCUCCAUCACACGGACAUACAUACUCUACCUCCUCCUCCUCCUCCUCCUCCUCGAUGUCCGCUCCUCAGUAUACUACUUUUGCCCGUGAUCUCUCAAUCUUCGCCUGGACUAUGCACCAAGGCCCCACAGCUCUCUCGUUUUACUCUUCGCUUGCUCGGCCUUCAAUGACUCCGUCUCCCUCCCCUUAUGCCCUGCCUCACUCUUUGUCUAUCUCGCUUUCUCCCCGCCCUCUCCCUCUCAAGCUCCCUCUACUCACCGACAAUUCAACUCUGCCCUCCGAGGCCAAUUUACUGCCAACCCUUCAGCCUCGCAAAUAUACAUGUCUGACUAGUCAUCCUAUCCUUUAUCCCUUUCUCAUAUACUCACUAUUUCUGCCCACCCUUUUUGCCGCAUUACUCAAUCCUGAUGUGUUUGGCUUUCUCUUUCUUUCUGUGACUGACGAUCUUCCACUUAGUGGCAACGUGAAAUUAGUAGUAGUGUCAACCCCAACACCGCAACGAAUGCAGUACUACCGGCAUCAUGUAAUGCACAUACCUCGAAAAGCCAUCCGCUGUACUCAUGGCUCUCCUGCGGAGGCUGACAACCCAAUAACAAGCUGCUUCUUGUCCGCCCAACCUCAUUCGCUUAAUCCGGUGUUAGAAGGUCGCAAAUCGCCAACCAGAUGA